AUGCAAAGAACCUGGAACAUCCUUCGAUCUUUCAGUCGCGUUGUCGACAGCGUGCCCAUCUACGUGAUGCUUCCGUUGGAGUUCCCGACCAUGGAUGAGAACGAUUGUCGCCGUCUAGUCGAGCAGACGAUCCCGCACGUGGCUGGCGCCAGUAAGUGCGCCGGGUUCAUGGUGGAUCUCUGGUGGGGUCUUUGUGAACAGGAGCCGCGGAAGUACACCUGGUGCGAGGAUCGCUAUCGAGCGCUGUUUUCCAUGUGCCAGCGACUGGGCGUCAAGUGUCAAGUGGUGCUGGGCUUUCACAAGUGCGGCGGGAACGUCGGCGACUCCGUUACCUACGGGUUACCCGAAUGGGUGCUGGCACGUGCCCGUGAACUAAAAGAGAAAGAGAAUAAAGUGAUCUUGUACAUGGAUCGGCACGGCUACAUGAGCGAGGAGUACAUAUCGUGUGGGGCCGACGAGGAACCGCUUUUCCCAGUACAGAGCGCCGCUGCGAACUCGGAGCAGCAGGCCGCAUCUGGGCAAGAUGCGUCUUCACCAGCGACGGACGCACAGGCUUCGGCUGAAACCGAAGCACCAGCGGCCAGCGCACAAGUGGAGAUGCGCUCCCCGCUUCAAUGUUACGAGGAGUUUAUGAAUGCUUUCGUGAAAGACUUUGGAGACGAAUUUUUCGGUACAGUGAUUCACGAGGUGCACAUUGGCAUGGGUCCCGCCAGCGAACUACGUUAUCCAUCGUAUCCGCUCACUGACGGGAAGUGGAAAUUCCCCGGAAUCGGCGAGUUCCAGUGUUAUGAUACUUUUCUGAUGAAAGAUCUGGAGAAAGCGCUCGCAAACCAGAAGUUUUCCGAGGAUGAGAUUCGCAAAUGCAUCCCACCACGCGAUACCGCCGGAUCGUAUUGCGACACUCCGGAUCAGUCGGAGUUUUUCCGCUCAUUGUAUGCCACACCGGCUGGCCGCUUCUUUCUCAAGUGGUACGGAAGCAAGCUACUGGAACAUGGUGAGCGUGUUUUAGUCGUUGCCAACAAAUGCUUCCAUUCGUACAUUGCAGAUCGGCGCGUCCGCCUGGGGAUCAAAGUCGCCGGUAUCCAUUGGUGGUUCAAAACGCCAAGCCACGCGGCCGAGAUGACGGCUGGCUAUUAUCACACCGCCGAUGACCCCUGGACCAUGUACGAUGGGAUUGCAGCACUGCUGCGCAAACAUGGCAUCAUCUGGAAUUUCACCUGCUACGAGAUGCGCGAUAGCGAGCAGCGUGAGGGAAAAUGCAGUCCCGAGGGCCUCGUCAAUCGCGUCCGCAUCGCUGCCCAGAAGCACGGCGUUGCGCUCGCGGCUGAGAAUGCGCUCCCGCGUUACGAUCGCAAAGCGUACAAGCAGAUCGUCGCUCAAGCGAAACCAUCCUCCUGGGGCAUAUCCUUACCUUUUGGCCGCAAGGCGGAGACGAGAAAGACGCUCUGCGGCUUUACGUAUUUGCGCCUCACACCCGAACUGCUGGAAAAGCACCAUCUGCGCGAAUUUGCAAAUUUUGUCAGCUGGAUGCAAGGAGCUAAAUAG